AUGGAGUCUAUUCCGACACCACCUCCCGAAGUCCAACAGCAGCUACUCGUAGAACUACGAACCAACUGGCAAUUUGCUGCUAUUUCUCAGUUCUUCCACCUUUUCCAUAGUGCCCUGCAAAUGAAAGAAUGGGACACGGAUCAAUUUGAAGAGCAGUUGGUGAAGGGAAACAAGAUCGAAGUUGCUCACUUGUGUUGUCGACUAUUGAUAAAGCUAACCGGAAACACGAAAAUUUCAAUCGAUAACCUAACUCGCUAUUUGCGAGCCGAAUAUGUUAAACAUGCCCCACACAAAAAUCCAUGGCCCGACAGUGAGCCCCCGCAACAUCUUAGUGAUCUUUCACUCUCCACGCAGUUAGCGAUACUAAAAGACCUCACAGAUUGGCAAUGGCGCGACCCAAAACAGUUUCGUAGUCGUCUAAAAAAUCCUGACGAUGUGUCUUCUUGGAGAUCAGAACCCGUUGGACAAGACGCCAAGGGAAACAAAUACUGGGUAUUCAAAGAUAACCGCCUAUAUCGCGAGCUGCCACAACCAUCCAAGAGGUCAACAAAGGCAACUGCAAAUGGUAAAGCGGGACGCGGCAAAAAGAACGACAAGAAAAGUAAACCAAAAGUUGAAGAAGAGGCACAAGCGACCACCGAAUCAACUGGUUGGGAGACAGUAUGCGUGACAUUGCAAGAAUGGCGAGAAUUUCCACGUCAGUGGGUAAAAUCAAGAGGAAAGGCAGAGAAGGAACUUUACCGUACUCUAAAUGAAGAGAUUUUACCCGAAGUCCUUGAUUAUCUCGAGGCAAAAGAGAAGGAAAAGAGACGUCAAGAAGCUCUUGCAAAUAGUCGUCGAAGCACGCGAUUAGCUGUGAAAGCGAUAGCGAAAGCAGAAGAGGCUCGAUUGGCUGAAGUAGAACGAAUGCGUAUAACAGAAAAUCGAUCCAACGAAAAUCGAUCCAACGAAAAUCGGUCAAACGAAAAUCGAAUCCGACGUAGUCAGACACUGAUUCUCUCUCUCGACCAUCAUCUGAUUUUCCAAAUCCUAGACGUAAAGACAGAUGGCUUCUCUGAUUAUUUGGAAGAACGUGACCCUAGUCUUUGGUCGUAUAUAGAUUUCUUAACCUUAAACCGUACCCUUAUUGUGCAAGCACUACCGCAUUUGGACAAUCAGAAAGGCCUUGACGGCGCGUGGACCAAACGUUUCCUGCUAGCUGUAGAAGAAAUGAGCUCAGAGUCAGCUGACGAUAUAAGAAGAAAGAAAGUGAUCAUUGAAAGACUACAGAGUGAAACUCAAAGUAUCUACGAUAAGGAAACCCUUCAGACGUUUGGUGCAGCAGGUAAAUUUUAUGGGAAACGACUGCGCUUACCAUACAAAGAGGAUGCGACGUCUUCGGGCGAUAAACGUGAUAGCACUUUAGAUUCAGAUUUAAUUCCCCCUGCGAGGGCUAAGAAGUUAAAGCCUGAUGAAGAAAACGUGAAUGUCGAGGGAGUUGACAGCGGUAACAUUCCCGAAAACCCUCUACAACUGACAUCAUUGGCAUAUCAACAAUUCACGGAUAAAUAUCAAAAAAUUCCACAAGAAAGUAAAUGGACUUUGUCAACUGGAAAAGUCGUCAAAGAUGCACUAUAUGCAUUUGGAAUGAAAUGUUCACACGAACACCUCUGCCAUUCUUUCUUAAUCGACCCGUAUGACGAGAACUACAUACAACAAGGCAUCUUCACAUUUGAAGAAUUAAAAGAAAUUAAAAUUUUCGACAAGAAAAAAUCACCAUUAAUACCAGCCGAUCUUUUGAAGUAUCUUAAUGGCUUCCGAAAGGAUCAUCUUGAAGCAUGGAUCAUGUUACAUAUAUGGACAUUUAUUGAUAAAGCCUUCUUAGACAUAGAUGGCAUGGAAAUCACUAGAGGUGAAUCAUGUAGUUAUGCUUCGUCAAAUCGAAAAAAUUCACAACGGACAGUCCCAUCAACAAGUCCACUUAAAAGAAAGGCAAUGGGUCGGCGUGGAGAUCUAAUAAUCCGAAAAGGGCAUUUGGAAUACGGGUGUAGUGAAGCUGGAAAAAACUUUGACGGCAAAAAUGGUACAAAGAUCAUUAAAGAAGGAGGUUUGAAAAUGCCAAAAAUGCUUCGAGACAUGCUCAACGAUCUUUGUGAGGCUGUGGAAAUGCAGGAGUGUAAAAUUAGAAAAUUGGAAACAAUCGGGUUUAUCAUCGCGGGUUUGAGGAUAUCACUGAUAAGGGUAGAUUUACCAGCGGGGCAUGUCUAUAGGUUGUCACGAACACGGCUUUUUGAGAUACCAACUCAAGUUUCUGAAUUCGGUGCGAAAGUACUUCUAAUAAUAAGCUUGGUAUGGAAAGCAAAGGAAAUUGUGAAAAAUGUAAUCAAACUAAUGGAGGAAGAAGAUUUAUCGGCUCAAAACACUACAGAACUGUGA